AUGCUAGCCGUGCUGUCACAGCAAGGGGAGUGGACAGCUGACCCUGUGCGAACGACCUUUUCAGCAGCCUUCCUCCCCUCCUCGCCGUCUCAGCUGUAUGCUGCCAGCAUUGCGGUUGGGGGACGACAGGGGGAGGGGGAGAGUGGAGGCAAAGGGAGGGGAGCAGUGGUGGGGCGGGAGCAACCAGGCACGAGCAAGCCGGCUGACUUUGCAGAUCGUGAUGCUCCCAGUGCUAACAGCCUCGGUUCUGAUGGGUGCAGUGCGCCUAUUCCAGUGGACAGAACAGUCGCGGGUAGGCGCAAGGAAACUCGCAGGGAGCUGCUGUUUGGAGUGGAAGGGGGCACGGGAGCGGAAGCGGCAGCAGCAGCAGCAGCAGCAGCAGUGGCAGCAGAUGAUGAUCGGGUAGAAAUGAGCUCGUUUGGGAACUUCCAAAAGGCAGAAACAGAUGGGCGGAAACAGCAGCAGCAGCAGCAGAGGGCGAGAGUGCGGGUGCCCACGAAAGGGCGGAUUCAGCUGCUGCUGUCGAACCCAGAAGGCACGCCCAUCCACACCUUCUCCUGCUCCUAUGAUUUGUCUGAUAUGCCCCCCAACUCCAAGACCUUCAUUCGCCAGAGAACGCUGCUGGCGCCAAAGCAGCACGCUGCCGCUUCCUUCCCGGAAGCUUCGGGCUGCCCAACUCUUCAAAAUCCUCCUCCUUUGCAGCAGCAGCAAUCGAGUCAAGAGAACGCACAGGGGCAGCAAGAGGAGGUGCAACAUGAUUCCGACGAAAUGUUCGUUAUAGCUAACGAGGGUGGUGGAGGUCCAGGUCUUGUAAAUACGGGUCGGGUAGACGCGUGCCGUCAAGCGGCGCAACUGUCCGAUUAUCAGGGACCGAGGCCACAGGAAUUCGUCUCGUCUCCCGAUCGUACUUUAGCAAUGGCAUCAGGGCAAUCAAGAACACACGUAGACACUUUAGAAGACCAGCUUAGCGCUCUAGACCACCGCUCGUUCACCUCCGCAUACCCCAUGGGCGACGGAAGCCGAACUUGGCAUGGCGGAAACCUCUUUUACACCCUCCAAGCUCAAAACGCUUUCCAGAGAGAAACCGCGCUCCAGGCUCGAACCUCUUGCCAGGCUCAGAAUGUCGCGUCUAGAACGGUCUCGGUUGACGACAUAGCUAUUCCGGCUGCUGCGUAUCGCAACCACCGCCAGCAGCAGGGCGGGGACAUCGGAGGCCAAGUUUCGACCGCGCGUUUGGAUGGCACUUUUGGCGGCCAGCAGAAUCAGGCGGUGUUGUCGGGGCAAGCCGGGGGUUUCAACGGUGGAUGGUCAGACGGGAAGGGCGGUGGCGAUACGGUGACGACGACUUACGAUAAAGCAACGGCUUCAGGGUUGAUCGACAGUAGGCUCGAAGUUCCCCAUUUGCUGCACAGCCGCAGGAACGGCGUCGGCUUGUCAAGGGUUUUUUCGACACGGGAAAGCCAGGCGUUUGCGAUGCAGGGAGGCGGCGAAACCCCGAUGGAAGGGGUGGAAAGGGCCUCCGCUGUCUCCUCCGCCCCCGCCUCCGCCGCCGCUGCUGCUGCCGCGGGGGGUGAAUGGGACGGGCGAAGUCAGGGAUUAGCUCAGGGUCAAACCGCCUCUAGACUCGCUUUUCAACAGCACGGAUCGCUUGCGGCAGACGAGGGUCGGUACACGGACAGGGUCUCUCCAAACGCCUUGAAUCACACUCUGCGAUCGCCAGCGCAGCAAAUUCCUGCAACGUACAGACUCUCUCCAAACGCCACGGACCAUACGCUGCGAUCGCCGUCGCAGCAAAAACUCCAGUUUCAGGGGCUGCAGAUGCCCGGGCAGACUCAGCUCGCGGCCUUCCCUCACAGGUUAUCCCCUCCCCCUGCCGCGUCUCCCCUCGGAUCUCCGGGCUGGCAGCACCGCGUGAACGACAGCCCGUCGUCUGGUAACCAGUCCGCCGGUUAUUCGUCCGGCAAGUCAGCGGCAGGAUCCGGGAGCGCGGCGUGUGGUUCGCGAUCGUCGCUGCCGCCGCGGCUGGACGACGCGGAUCUUGCUAGCGUUCUGUGGGAGAGCCGGUCCAGGUGUAACGUAUCUGGCGCUGGCGCUGCGAGUGCGUUGGGAGGGUUUCAAGGCGAUGGGAGUGCGCAUGGUGGUCAAGUGGGUCAAUCAGACGGCAGCGUGCGAGGCGGUCAAUUGUAUCAACGAGAGGGUAGCAUGCACGGCGGUCAAUUUAUUCAACGAGAGGGUAGCAUUCACGGCGGUCCGAUGGGUCAACUAGACGGUAGCACGCACGGCGGUCAAUUUAUUCAACGAGAGGGUAGCAUGCACGGCGGUCAGAUUAGUCAACGAGACGGCAGCGUGUACGGUGGUCAAAUUUGUCAACUAGAUGGUAGCAUGCAUGGCGGUCAAAUUAGUCAACGCGACGGCAGCAUGCACGGCGGUCAGGCGAUUCUGAGGGAGGGAAGUGUGCAUGGCGGUCAAAUGAGUCAACUGGGCGGCAGCACGCAUGGCGGUCAAAUGAAUAAGCUGGGCAGCAGCACUCAUGGCGGUCAAACGAGUCAACAGGGCGGCAGCACUCAUGGCGGUCGUCAACUGAGUCAUUUAGGCGGCAGCGUGCAUGGCGGUCAAUUGUCUCAACUGGACGGCAGUGUGCACGGCGGUCAAGCAAGUCAACUGGAUGGCAGCGUGCAUGGAGGCGAUUUACGGGGCAAUAGUGUUCACGGCGGUCAACCAAGUCAACCAGGCGUGCAUGGUGAAUCCGUCCCUGCAUACACCGACAAUCAAACACGCAGCGGCCACUUAGCCCGCUUACACGCUAGCAGCAGCGUGCACGGCGGCGGCUUUUACGCCAGCGGCCUUGCCUCAGGCGGUCUCUAUGGCAGCGCGCUGCAUUUCCCCAAGUCCAGUGCACACAGCGCAUGGGGCAGCGCAGGGGGCAGAGCACAAGGCAGCGCGCAAGGGAGUGCGCAAGGGAGUGCGCAAGGGAGUGCGCAAGGGAGUGCGCAAGGGAGCAAUGAGGCCAGAACGAGCGUUUACGGUUUCGGCAGCGGCGGCCAGAGGGGUAUGGCGCCCCGCGCUAGUACUGUACACGGUGGUAACCUGUACGAAGCGAGCUUGCACGCCUCGCACAGCCAUGACGGCCGGGACCUGCGCGUUUACGCCCGUCAGCUGGGCCGUCAACAGAAUGAUCAGCAGAGCGGCCAGCAGGGAAUAUCGAACGCGACUGGGAACUUGUUUGGGAAAGUAGAUUCAACGGAUGAGAGAUUCCAAGGGAAGGCGAACGUCUUGAGCGGCGUGCAGGCUGCAGGGUCAGGGUUUGGGAGUGUGUAUCAGGCGGGUGGGAGCGUGCACCAAACGGGCGUGAGCGUGCACCAAACGGGCGGGAGCGUGCACCAAACGGGCGUGAGCGUGCACCAAACGGGCGGGAGCGUGCACCAAACGGGCGGGAGCGUGCACCAAACGGGCGUGAGCGUGCACCAAACGGGCGGGAGCGUGCACAAAGGGCUUGGGAGUGUGUUUCAACAGGACGGAGGCAUGCAUCCAACGGAUGGGAGCGUGCAUCAGGCUGAUGGGAGCGUGCACAGCGUGGGCGUGGGCGCCAGUGCUAGCGUCCUCGCCAAGCUGCGCCUGGAAGGCGGGGAUCGGUUGAAUGCGGUGCCUGGGAGUUCGGAGGGUGCUGUGCGUGGUGGUGGCCUUUUUGGGAGUGUCUUUGGCCCGGGGUUUGGCCCUGGAGCGGGGUUCUCUGGGGGAGGUCUUUCUGGGGCGGGCGUUUCAGGGAUGGGCGUUUCUGGGGUGGGGUCUUGCAUGGCUAACGAGGGGUUUACGGGAAGUGGGUGGGAGCGAGGGUUUGGGGCUGCUGCUGCUGCUUCUGGUGUUGCUGGCGCUGCUGGAGCUGGUGGUUUCAACAACCAGUCGGAUCCGGGAAAGGCGUUCUCGUCAAUCCAUGGGCAUGGGCAAGAGCAAGCACGUGACAGGGGCCAAACAACAAACACGAGCUUAGUAGCUGCAAACAGCAACGUGAAGGCAGAGGCGCAUGCGACCAUUGGAGAGGACCCAGACUUGGAUAGGACCAGGGGCAUGGGGAAAGGUGGGGAAACGGAAGGGGCGAAGGGCAUGGAAGGAAUGGAGGGACCAGGUACGGAUAUGGAGGGAACAGAGGAUGACGUUAUGUGUCGCGGGCACUUAGCACUGACUGCCGACGUGUGCGUGCGCGGCGGCAUGCUCAUGUCUCUACUGGCUGACGUCACAAGGCUUGGAGGAGGGACCAGUGGAGGAGAGGGAGGGGAGGGGCCGACCGGUGCAGGGGGGUUUGAUACAGCCGGUUUGGAUGGGGCGGGGUUCUUUGAAGGGGAAGGGGUUUCUGCUUCUGCAGACAGCAGCGGUGCUACAACCGGCAGUGCUGAUGCGUCAGCGAGUGCCGGCGCUACAGCUAGUGCUGACGCGACGGCCAGCGGUGAUGGGGACAGCGCUGACGUCAGCGCUGGGGAUGAGGACAGGGGCGAAAUCCACAUGGGGGUUGGAAGGACGCAUGGCGGUAGGGAGUCAGGGCAUAACGACAUGUACAUCCACUCUAAUCGUGGCUACUACUGCAUGGGAGGGAGGGGCUGCUCCGGCGGCCCCUCCUGCCACCACAACCACGUGCCUCCCGCGCUUUUUAUGAUGGCUGCUGCAGCGGCAGCAGGCACGGGGAUGAUCCCUAUGGGUGCUGUGGGUCCGUACAGGCAGCAGCUGCAGCUGCAGGGGAGACUGGUGAAGCGGGUAGAGCCUCCAGUGAAGAGGAAGCGGGGAAGGCAGAAGAAGGUACCUUCGAAGAAUGGGCCGUGUGGGGCGACUACGAAUCUAAGAGCGUUGGUUCCCAGGUCUAUGUCCGGGGCAGGAGGGGCGGGAGGAGAGGGGGCAGGAGGAGGGGCAGGGGCAGCGGCAGGGGUAGGAGGGGUGGGAGGGGGGUUAGCGGCAGGUGUGGGUAUGCAAGCAGGGAAUGCUGGGGCGAUAGCAGCAGCGCGGGCAGCGUCAGGAGCAGCGGCCCCGAUGCAGAUCAUACAAACGUUCCCUCCCGGCCCGCCUGCCUUAUUCCCACACCAGUUGAUCCCUGCGCCUGCUCCUUCCCACCUGCCUUCCAGCUCAUCAGGUGUAUCCCCAGGUGCUGCAACAGUGCCCAUGUUCUGGGGACCUGUGGCUUGGAUACACCCCUCUGCUGCUUCUGCUGCCGCUGCCACUGGUGGUGGCCCCUCUCCUAUGCUUGUGUCUGGUGGUCAUGGCAUGCCGAUGCCUCUGCACGUGCAGCAGCCAGGAAUGGGAGGUAUGGGCGGGAUGGGGAUGGUGGGGGGCAUGGGGGGUGCUGCCAUGGGGUUGGUAUGA